UGGCAACAUCCCACAAAAGCAGCUGUUGGUAAACAAAUAUUUUUCGGUUGCUUUCACGAUCCGUACAACAAAUUAUUUAAAACAAUUUUGAAAACUGUGCUAAAAUUAAAUUAGUUAAACAAUUUAUUGUGCGCCAUGGCUGCAACGCGUUCGCGCCGUGCCAAUGCCGGUAAUAAAAUAGCGAAACUUUUAAACGAGGAAGAGGAGGAUGAAUUCUACAAGACAUCCUAUGGUGGCUUUCAGGACGAGGAGGAAGAUAAAGAAUACGUACAAAAAGAUGAGGAAGAAGAUGUGGUAGACUCCGAUUUUAGUAUUGACGAAAAUGAUGAGCCCAUAUCGGAUAAUGAGGAUGCACCGGAUAAAAAACGUAAACGUGGUGGCGUCAACACAAAAGCUUAUAAAGAACCCAAACCAGCAGUUAAGAAAGAUGUAGUACCAACACCGAAAAGAAAAACCGGCAAAAUAGUAAAAAGACCACGUCCAAAAUUUACAGUUAUUGACUCGGGGCGCAAAUCGAUUCGUGCUUCAACUGCAAUUAAAACACAAGCAACUAAAAUUCGUUUGAAGGAAAUGGAUGAUGCGCGCAAAAAGAAGCGACGUGUGCGUAGGGUCGAGGAAUACAUGCCGACACAGGAAGAGUUACUAGAAGAGGCAAAAAUUACCGAAGAGGAAAAUAAAAAGUCAUUGGAGAAGUUCCAAAAAAUGGAAUUGGAAAAGAAAAAGACACGCCCUACAAAACGUGUAUACACUGGCCCCAUGAUACGUUAUCAUUCAACAACCAUGCCAGUGGUACGUAAGCCUACUAGGGGCGCAACUGGCGCUAGCGAGGCGCCAGAUACAAACGCAAAGUGUGAACGCACAUUCAUAACGCUCGAAAAUGAUCUUAAUGACAAGGUGUUUCAGUCCGUCUUCAAACCGAAGCGUUUGAAUACUAAUUCCGGCUAUCUGUGUCCCAUCACCAAAUUACCUGCACGCUACUUUGACCCCGUCACUCAACAGCCGUACUACAGCAUGCAAGUUUUUAAGAUUUUACGCGAGGCAUAUUAUUUACAACUGGAAGAGCGUGGAAAUGCAGAUAACCCAGAUGUGGCUAAAUGGUUGGAAUGGCGCAAGCUUGUGAAAGAGAAUCGCGCCAAAGCGGCCGCCAACAAAUUGAAUCCCAGCACAUAAUAGUACUUAAUAAGACAACGAGAUUUCUAUUUCAUUUAGUUGGCACAUUUUAAUGGCAAUCAUUUUACAUUGAUUAUUAUGUGAACCCUACAAUACAAUAAUACAAUUUUAACCUACUACUGUAAUAUAUUAAAAAAGUUCAAUUCGUAUAAAUUAUA